GCCAGCAAUUUGAAUCACCUGCCACAUCAGCAACAGCAGCACCAACAGCAACAGCAGCACCAGCAACAUCAGCAGCAGCAGCAGCAGCAACACCAACAACAACAGCAGCACCAGCACCAGCAGUGUCAAUCCUCGCCAGCUAAUGCUCAGGCGCAAAUGAAUAGCAGCCGGCAGAGCAAUCAUGGACCGCCAGUGCCCUCCACCGUCCCCGCGCAUCAUGCGCUCUACAUGAAGCCCCUCGCCAUGCAGCAACUGAAGGUGGAAACCAUCCAACCCUCUCAGAUUACGUCGGCAGCAACGGUGGCGGCUGCAGCAGCGGCGGCAGCAGCGCACACAUCCCGCACUCUGACCCCCGUGGUAACCACAGUGAUGGCCUCUAAUAGUGGCUCCAGUUCAAGCAGCUCAGCAACUGUUGUCUCCAGCAUUGCCGGUGUCUCCACAUCCACUCUACAGAGCGCGGCAAUAAUUGGCAAUGCAUCGGCGCCAGCCCCAUCGAGCAGCAAUGCGACGGGAGCAUCCACAACGGAGGCCUACCAUCCACAGGUGGAGGCCAUUUCGCCCACACUGCCAAGCGACAAUGCCGAGGAACGUGGCCGUACCACGGCUAAGGAGGAGCUGCUCAUGCAAAUUCAGAAGGUGGACAAUGAGAUCAAGGUGGCGGAAACCGAGCGAGAAACGCUGAAAAAGAAGGAGAAAUCGUUGAUGGAGGAGGUGGCUGCGGUCAGUAAGCAGCAAAAGGCAGCGGCGGCAGCAACGGUCGAUGUCGCAUCAACGUCAAAAGCCGCCCAAGCGACAGAUAGCAGCAACAUCCACGAUUUGAAUAAUGAGAUUGUGCAGCGGGCAUGGCACACACAAAUGCUGGCGCAAAAGAUUUACGAGGCGAACCGAAAAACGGCGAACACGCAACAUUCCAUGCUGGAGGGAUUCAAGGCCGUUGAUCAUGCGAAUUACUGGCUGCCGCUCUAUUUUCAGCCGCUGGAUGUUAAUUCGCUGGCGGUGUUGAUUAAGCGGCAUCAGACGCUCGUGAGGACUCCGUUGCUGCAGCAUAUACGCAAGCUGAAGGCGGAUCGGUGGGAGCGCAAUCAGAGUCUCGUGGAUAAAUAUGCUAAGGAUCAAGCGGACUGGCAGCGGCGGUGCGAACGGGCCGAAGCGAGUGCCAAGAGAAAGGCGCGUGAGGCCAAGAAUCGUGAGUUCUUUGAGAAAGUCUUCACGGAGCUGCGGAAACAGCGUGAGGACAAGGAGCGCUUUAAUCGAGUCGGUUCGCGCAUCAAGUCCGAAGCAGAUCUCGAAGAGAUCAUGGACGGGCUGCAGGAGCAAGCAUUGGAGGAUAAGAAAAUGCGCUCCUAUGCCGUCAUUCCGCCUCUCAUGCAUGACGCCCGUCAGCGUCGUUGCGCUUACCACAACGAGAACGGACUCAUCGAGGAUAUGGUGGCUGUGCAUGAAGAGCGCAAGGCGCUCAACAUGUGGACAGCCGGCGAAAAGGAGACUUUCAAAGAAAAGUAUUUGCAGCAUCCCAAGAACUUUGGCGCCAUCGCAGCCAGCUUGGAUCGCAAGUCGGCGCAAGACUGUGUGCGCUACUACUACCUCAGCAAGAAGACGGAGAACUACAAGCAGCUGUUGCGCAAAUCCCGUCAACGCACGCGCAGCUCCCGCAAUCCGGCCAAGGCGCAGGCGGCCCAGCCGCAGUCCAUUGUCGAUUCCAUGACGACGGGCGUGACGACGCGACUGCAACGGGAGCAACAGCAGAAGUCCGGCAACCGUUCCUCGGCUGUGGCCGAACGGGAACGGGCCGAGCGUGCUGCCGAGCGUGAGCGUGUGGCCGAAAAGGCUGUUGCCGAAGCGGCCAAAGCGGCAGAGAGUGCGGCUGAGAAAGCAGCGGCCAACAAAGCUGUCGAGGCCAGUGAAAAGGUGGCCAAGAAUGCGGCGAUUGCGCCAGUGGCGGCAGCAGCAGCGGCGUCCGUUCAAACCACCGGAAGCGUAACCGCCAGCGGCAACAGUAGCAGCAGCAGCAGCAGUAAAAACAGCAGUAGCAACAGCUCCAGUACAACAGACAAGGCAGAGAAAUCUGUGUCAGACAAAGUUGCAGCGGCUGCAACAAAAUCCAGCCUCGUCGAGAUCUCAGCGGGCAGCGCAGGCAGCGAGCCGAACAAGCUCAAAGCCAAGGCCGCUGCUGAUGAGGAUGCAGCAGCGGCAGCAGCAGCAGCAUCCGCAUCCGGAGCAGCUAAAACAACAACAGCAGCAUCCUCAACAGCAAAUCCUGUACCAGCAACAGCAGCUACAAAAGCGACUACAGCAGCAGGAAGCGCUUCAAAUGACAACUCCACAACACCCUCGGCAGCAACAGCCGGAAAUGCUGCCAAGUCCAAGCUCGACACCGUUAGGGAUGCGUCCAAGACACGCUCUGAAGCGCCCACGGAAACGGUCGAACAACAAAAGGCAGCAGCGGCUAAAAGUAAAGCUACAGACAACGCCAAUGCUACGAAUGCAGCGAUCAGCAGUGGCUCCACGGUAUCAGCGGCAGGCGGCGGCGCGACAUCCGCAACAGCGACUGCCACACCGCCAGUCAGUGCGGCUCUCAAUGGCUUCAAGCCCGGCUACCAGAACCUGGUCAUGGCCAUGGGUAAGCCAGGCAGCGAAGAUAAUGCAGCGGGAACGGGUGCAGUAGUUCCCAUUCCGGCGCCAACAACGGCCACAAGUAAUGCUUCAGCUGCCAAAUCUUCGUCGGUGGCGUCUUCGUUCGUAACAACGACAACAACAACAACCUGCUCCGCCGCCUUUGCCGUGCCCACAACUGCUCCGGCAAGCGGUGCCACAAUCUCCGAUAGCAGCACCAAUAAGAACAAUGUGACCAACAGCAUGCCCACAACACUUACGACGGCCACCACGGCUGGCAACUAUCUGGGCCAGAAACUAAAGGCCGCCCAAGUGGAAGGCAUGGGUGCGGGCAACGAACUUCAUACGGAUGUUAGUGAUGCCAAGAAGAAACGCUUUGAGGGAUCCAACACGGAUGCCGUCAUUGUCUCAGCCUGCAAUAACAAUAACAACAAUAACGGUAGCAACAUCAAGAGCACGGGCAAGGAUAUCAAGCUGGGCAGCUCCACAGGAGCGGGUGCCUCUUCUCUCCUUCUGAUCGCGGCAUCCUCCGCCAGCGCUGCAAUGACAACCUCAACAACGGCGGCCGCAGCCGCCUCCUUGGCAACUGGUACGUCCACGGCAACGGUUUCAACGGAUGGCAGCGGCGUUGGUUCGUUGAUGACCACGCCAGAUGUCCUGGCAUUGGAUGGCAAAGAUAAGUUAGCCAGCUGCUUUGUGUGCAAGGCCGAGGCCUGUCCACGCACUCGCCCCCUGAAGAAGGGACGUGGCCAACAGUACGCUAUACCGGAUGAGACGAUACCGGCUGGUGCUCGCGUCUGCAAUAGCUGUCAGUGCAAAUCGGUGCGCAACCGCUAUCCAAAUUGUCCCUUGCCGACAUGUCCCAAUCCGAAGGAUCGAGCCAAACGAUUGCGCAACAUACCAUCACGCCUGUUCGAGCUAUCGCCCGAGCUGCGUGAUCCCAUUAUGGCCGAGUUUCAAAUACCGACACAGGCCACACGUUGCUGCUCGGCCUGCCUGAUGCGUAUCAAUCGUAAGCUGGAUCCGCAGCUGAAUCUCACCGAUGAUGAUCGACGUACGGAUGACGGCGAUGAAACCGAUGUGAGCACCUCAUCGUGUGACGAACGCGAACCGGGUGGUAGUGACACGGCCUCGGUGGAGAGUCCCGAGAACUUGCAGCGGCACAAGUCGGCGCUGAGUAAACAGCAACAGCAACAGCAGCAGCAACAGCAACAACAGCAGGUGUCAGUACAAGCGGCGCCACCGCAACCACUUUCGCAAACUGCCUCCCAACAGAAACAGCCAUCGGCCCUACCACCACAACCGCAGCCUGUAAACGUAAGAAAUGAUGGUCUAGCGACUGGUCCCGGUGCUGCUCUAACCAUAACACCGACGCGACUCAGCGGUAACAAGAGUGGUGCAGCGGCUACCAAUGACAGUGAACGACUGCUACCACCCGCUGGACAAGCGCCCAAGAAACAAAAGACCUCCGAGGAGUACGACUCUUCGGCAACAGAGACGGCGGAUGAGGAGAACGAGAACUCACCGGCUAAUCGCCAAAGUCCUAAGGUACCCUUCACCGGCUCGAGUGGGGUGGGCGGACAUGUGCAUGGCAACAAUAUAACGGCAACUGGACUUGCACCACCGCUGCCAGGAUCCCAGCAGCUCAACGGACCGAUGCAUGCGGCUGUUGUUGCCGCAGCCGCUGGAGUUCCCCCUGGCAUGGGACUGCGACGGGAGCCUUGCAAUAAUGUGCAGGACUUCAUGUUCACCGUAAUUGAGAGGCAGCUGAAGCAACAGCAGAAGGGACCGCAAUUGCCAGCUGGUGGUAAGCCGGCAGCACAACAACAACAGCAGCAACAGCAAUCUGUGCAGACACCACCAGCGUCACAGCAACAUCAACAGCAGCAGCAGCAACAACAACAAGCACCACCGCCUAUGAGUCAUAACAAUCUGGAACGGAAAGAGGUUACCAUUGUGCGUGAAUUUCGAAAUGAUGGUGGUGCUAUUGUGAAACAGCAACAACCACCGCCACCACCGCAUGCUCUACCGCAUGGUACCUCAGUGCAAAAAUUGACCACGCGUCCCACAAUAGCGGGCAAUGGCGCGCCUGUUAGUGCAGCAUCGGUGCCGGACAAUUUAGCCACCUUGUCGGUGGUUAAUUCACAUCUGGCAUCCAGUGUGCAUCAUCCACAUGCGGCGCAUUCAGCCCACGCUGCAGCCUUGCUGCAACAACAUCAAAUCAAUGAUAAGGCCACCAUCACUCCCGUUGUAAAGAGUGGUGCCGCAAACGCUACGCCCACACCACCACAGCAUGUGGCACAGCCACCGCCAGAGACAAUUAUCUAUGGUGGUGUUGUGUCAAGUCAUGGAGCGCAUGCCUCCCUGGCAGCACAACAUCAACAGCAGCAACAGCAACAACGUGUGGUCGAGGCAGAGCCACAAACUUUGGAUUUAUCGAUUAAGAAGCCACCACGUGAUGGCCAUUCACCGCAUUCGCACUCCUCGAGCUCCUCGUCGGGUGUCUCUUCGCUGGGAUCCAACAACGAUCGUCAUCAUGCAUCGUCUUUGUCCGGUGCGAUCAAGCAUAUUGCGCGUGCCACGUCCAUAUAUCGCGUUAGUGGUGCCGGCGGAAGUGCGCCUGGGCCCGAGUCUGCGCUCCCAUUGGCUGUUCCCAAUUCCGCGUAUUUGUACCCCCAGAUGCAUGGCGUGGUUAAGACAGGUCCACCAGGUUCACUCUAUGUAUCACCAGUAACUGUACCCAUCUCCAUAAGCCAGACGGGCGUUGGGCGCAGCAGUGGGCCGCCUCCGGCGCAACCGCAGCCGCCACAAUCGCAUGUGAAUGCCCGCUCAGGUGGUUCAAUGAAUGCUGGUGGUGGCGUUGUGUGCAAAAUGCCACCCAAACUCAGUCCACAACAUCAGCAGCAACAGCAACAACAAUCGCAACAUUUGCAUGCACCACCGCCGCACAGCGGCCAGGCGCCAUCGCCGUCGCAUCAACAGCCUGCACCACCACCACCACAACAGAUGCUAGUUAAGAGCGGCUCCAUCACUCAUGGUACUCCAGCGAAUAGUGCGCAACAAAUAAUUGUGCACCCCGCUUCCUCGUCAGUUCUUAGUCCCAAAUUCGAGCGGCUAGUGCCGCAGACACCACCAUCGGUGGGUGAGUCGAGCAAACAUGGAUCGAUUACACAAGGCACACCACUGCACAUGCCGCAGCAUCAUUUGGAAAGCAAGCGUGCCUAUGAUUAUUACAAAUCCACCCAGCGUCACAGUCCGGCCCAACAACCAGGGGGGCCCGGUGGUGCACCACCCGGGCAGCUACCACCACCGCAGCAAUCGUCACCACAUGCGCCACCGCCACAGGGCUAUGGCGUUGGUGUGGGUUCACCCUAUGCCCGCUCACCCUUCAGCAAUGUGGUGGAUCAACCGCCGGUGCUGAGCACCCGACAGAUCGUGAUGCAUGACUACAUCACGUCGCAGCAGAUGCAGGGACAACAACGUAAUGUUUCGCGUGGCAGCAGCAGCGCUGGCGGUGGUGCCGGAUCUGAUAAGGAAUCCCCAUCGCCUCGCAAUAGUGUUAGUGGUGGUUCGGCAAGUGGCUUACCAACGAUGACCUAUCCAUUCGAGAAGGAACCGCAGCCGCGUGGACGGAAUGAGUAUUUAACAAGCCGUGCCUCACCAGCAGAGCAUGCAAAUAGCACCCCCAGUCCACAUCGUACGCCGCCGCCACAGCGUCAGAAUGUAAUACAGCGUCACAACACGGGCUCCAAGCCGCCGUCGCCUGCAGCCCCACCGCAGAGUCGUAUGCACAUUGUGACGCCCUACAAUUAUCCUCCGGCUGGUCACGAUGCGCUGGCCUCGUUUGUUGAUGUGGCCGUACAGCAGCCACAAUUGCCGGUACCAUCGCAGAAGGACGAGAAAUCAUCGCGUCAUGAGGCCUCGCCACAAGCACCACCACCACCACAUGCCGUGGUGCCGCCCACAUCCCAUCACGAUAUGCGCUAUCGCGACUCCAUGGCGGCCAUACACCAUCAUCAGCACCAAUUGGCCAUGGCCGCCCAACAGCAACAUUUGGUCGCUGCCGUCCAUCAGCAGGAGCAGUUUAGACAUCAUCUGAAUGCUGCCAAUGUGGCUGAGAUGCAGCGCCGCAUGGAGCAUGCCAAUCGCGAACAGCGUCACCACAAUCAUGUCAUCGAACGGGAUCGCGGGAUUAUUCAGCGCGAGCGCGACCGGCAGCGGGAGCGAGAUCGCCAGGAGCGUGCCGCCGAAGAGCGAGAGCGCGAGGGUCGACGUCUAUUUCCGGGUGGUGUGGUGACUGCCCCAGGAGGCGGUGCUCCACCUGGCCAUUAUAUGCGCAACCCGGGACCUGGACCCGAAACAGGACCACCACGCACAAUUCCCGAUUCCGAAGCUCGAUCCCGAGAAGCCUACUAUCGCACUCAUGGCACUCAACCGCCGGAUGAUUCACCGGGGCAGUUUAGUGCCCAGAGUCUUAUAGAUGCCAUCAUCAAGCACGAGAUCAGUCGUACCGGCGAGAGUAGUGGACUUAGUCGUGAACUGACACGACCAUUGUAUCCACGCGAUAUGCGGCAACAACACGACGGUGUUGCCGCCUCACUUCUGGCCGCUGGCAACAAUGGGAACGCCAAUUCGAAUUCUCCGAAUGUCAUCAACAUCGAUCUGGAUCAGGAUGUUCGUGGUCCAUCGAAAGGCCCGCCCCAACCGUCAUCGCAAUCGAGCCAGACACGCGUCUAUGCCGCAUUGCGCGCUCAGGGUGCACCACCACCAUCACACAAUCCGCCCACAUCGAAGGCACAAUCAGUGGCACCGCCAGCCCAGCAACAAAUCCACACCAAGAACAUAACAUUUGGCCAAUUGGCCGACUCGAUCAUUACAAACGACUAUGGCCCCAAUCCGCACAGUCGGCCAUUCAUGAAUUAUCUGCCAGAUACUCAGGCCACCAUCUUGACACCCGAUCGUUGGAAGCAGAAUCGUCGAAUGCAACAAAAAGCUGAGGAGGCAGCGGCAGCUGGUGCCUCAUCGAAACAAUCGCCAAAUUCGGGACCCGGUGGUGUGCCCAGCAGUGGUGCCGGACCGUCACCGAAUGCACCCAGUGGAGCAGGGGGUCGAGCCAAUACACCUGGUGAUGAUGGACGCAACAUAAUUCGCAUGCCACAGCCCGUCAGUCCCCGAAAAUAUGAAAUUCUGCACAUGCAGCAAGCGGCUGUUGUGGCUGGCCUAGACGCUGUAGAUCCCCACUACUUCCUGCCCUCGAAUGUGGCGGCGAUGAGUCGUGGUGUGGUGCCGCCACCGCCACAGGUGGGGGCCGCAGCACAUGAACAACGUGUGGCCAGCGGUGGUUCGGGCGGUGGCACCUUCGACACCUAUGUCAAGAAUCGCAUUGCCGAGGUAAUGCGUACGGGCGAUGAUGUAAGCUAUGCCAAUAAACGUAUGGACGAUAACAAGCUGCAUGCGGUCCAUGCCCAUGCGGCGGCUGUGGCGGCGCAUCACGAUCAGCAACUACAACAUCAGCAGAAGCAGCAACAGCAACAACAACAGCAGCAGCAUCGCAGCAAGGACCAGGGCCCACCACCGCCCCAACCUCAUGAGGUAUCCGUCUCGCGCAAUACUCCCAAUCAGUACGAGGUGGUUGAUAGUGGCAGACGUUCCGCCAGCAGCUCCUCGGCCAGCUCCAACAGUGGUGCCCAUCAUGCCAGCUACCAUCCGCCCACGCCCACAGCGGUGAACACAUUUGGGGCAUAUACAUUUCCAUACAAUGCAUUGAAUGUGCCUGUGCAGCCAUCGCCCAUGUCCUUGACACACCAAGGCACACCACCCAGUCAUUUGAGCGCUAAAGCGGCGAAUGCGCUGAGCGAGGCCGGUGGUGCGGGUGGUGUUAGUUUGGUGGUAGGUGGGGCCGGGCCACAGCAGUUGCAUGCAGCGCGCAGUCUACAACAUUACGCUACUCACGUGCCACCGACAUCAUCAGCACAUGCACCAGCACCACAAUCAUCGCAUGGCCUGCAUCGCGUCUCGCCCUCGACCUUACAUCAUGUUGUUACAGCAACAGCACCACUGCCGCCACCGCCUUUGCAAUCGCAGCAGCAGCCUCAACAACAACAACAACAGCAGCAGCAGCAGCAGCAGCAGCGAGCACCACCGCUACAACCGCCGCCGCCGACACACUACUCAGUGGGUGGUGCUGGCCAGCACUAUGCGGAGCAAGGAGGUGCGCCACACCACUAUGCAACAGGGAACAGUCACGGCUAUUAUUGA